AUGUGUAAUAAUUUUGUUUAUGGUUUGACGUUUCAGCUAGAGAGAAGAGGGAACCUCACGCUUACGGGGAACAACAUCACGGUUUACUGGAGCCAAGGCCUUAAUUCCUCAUUUACCUCCAACUUGUCUUCCCCUAGCUUAGCUUUACAGACCAACGGUGUUGUCUUGAUCUUCGAUUCUACUCUCACUGCUGGUGCUGAAACCAUUUACAGUGACGAUUACGGUGAAGGUAGCAAUACGUUUCGGUUCUUGAAACUAGAUGAUGAUGGGAACCUCAGAAUCUACAGCUCCACGUCUAGAAACACCCUUCCUGUCUCGCCUCAUUGGUAUGCUGUAGCUGAUCAGUGUCUAUUUUUUGGGUACUGUGGUAGCUUUGAGAUUUGUCGUUACAAUGAUACAAAACCCAUUUUCUUCUGUCCUUCUCGUAACUUUGAUUCUAUUGAUGUGUAUAAUAGAAGAAAAGGUUGCAAGAGAAAAUUUGAGUUGAGAGAUUGCACUAGCAACGCAGCCAUGCUUGAUUUGGGUAACACCAGGUUGAUUACAGACCCAAGUGACCCCAACUCGGAGAGUUUCUUUGCUGGAAGUUUGCCUUGUAGAGCAAAUUGUCUUGUUAGUGGUGUUUAUCUUGCUUCUGUCUCCAUGUCUGAUGGGUCUGGAAACUGUUGGCAGAAGCAACCUGGUUCCUUCAUUACCGGCUACCAGAGCUCAUCGGUUCCGAGUACUUCUUAUGUCAAAGUGUGUGGUCCGGUGUUGCUUAACGAACUUUUGGCUGGAUCAAAAAAAGGUGAUGGUAAUAACUCGAAAGUGCACUUGUGGAUUGUUGCAGUUGUUGUAGUAGCUGGGCUUCUCGGUUUGGCUGCGGUGGAGGUAGGUCUAUGGUGGUGCUGCUGCAGAAACAACCCUCGGUUUGGUACUUUAUCGUCUCACUACACGUUGCUUGAGUAUACUUCUGGUGCACCCGUGCAGUUUACAUACAGGGAGCUUCAACGUUGCACAAAAAAUUUCAAAGAGAAGCUUCGAGCUGGAGGGUUUGGUACAGUGUAUACAGGCGUGCUAGUCUCGAAUAAAACCGUGGUUGCAGUGAAGCAACUAGAAGGAAUAGAGCAAGGAGAGAAUCAGUUUAGGAUGGAGGUUGCAACCAUUAGCAGCACACACCAUCUGAACCUAGUCAGACUGAUCGGGUUCUGCUCUGAGGGACGACACAGGCUUCUCGUCUAUGAGUUCAUGAGAAACGCAUCUCUGGAUAGCUUCUUAAUUAGUACUGAUUCAGGUAAGUUAUUGACUUGGGAGUAUCGAUUCAACAUUGCGCUUGGGACGUCAAAGGGAAUAACUUACCUCCACGAAGAGUGCCGCGACUGCAUUGUUCACUGCGACAUUAAGCCAGAGAACAUUCUGGUGGAGUUUGAUAAGGGCAACACCGAGGCUAUUCUAGACAUGCGUUUAGGGGAAGAUCAGACGGUUAAUAUGGAACAAGUGAGGAGAAUGGUUCAGACAAGCUUCUGGGGCAUACAAUAGCAGCCAUUGUAGAGGCCGACAAUGGGGAAAGUUGUUCAGAUGCUAGAAGGAAUCACAGCCAUAAACAAGCCGCCACGUCCAAAGACCUUAAGUGAAGUCUCGUUUUCAAGGAACAGUGGGAGCGCAAGCCACGCAUCUAUCUUGAUUGCUUCGGGUUGACUCGAUCAUCUUCUUCGUCCGCUGCUACACGGUCGUUUCAGACAAUGAGUAUCACAUCGUCCGGACCGGCUUCCACAAGAAUCAGUAAAGGUUCGAUGCUUGGAUCUUAAACUAGUUGUACUGUGAGAUUCCUACAAAUAUGUGUAGGUUUUGUCUUACUUUACUUGUUGGAUACAUUCUAGUUGUAUAGGAACACAAUAAAUAAUAUGCAUAUUCAAAGUCA